AACAAUGAAAGCAUCAUGUUCUUUCUGUUUUCUAUAAAUGUUUCUUGUUUCUGUGUUCUCUAAAUACGAUUUAUUUAAAUUUGCAAACACCAUGUCUCAAGUAAAGUAUAGUGUUAAAAUAGUUAAAGAGAACGUUACCAUCGAUAGUCCUGCCACGCACCACGUAAAUCGUCGAAGAAUAAGCGUUCGAUUAAAACGACCGAACCCGUUGUUCGAAAUGUGGCUAGAAGAGAUGAUCGCAAAAGCGGAAGAAAAAAACACAAUUGGUAGAAUUGCGCUUCAAAAAGCCCUUACAUCCUUGCGCAGGUAUCCGCUCCCGCUGGCGUCAGGGCGUGACUGUAUUGUGUUAAUGGAUUUUGGUAAAACGAUCUGCGAAAAUCUCGAUCGACGCUUGAUGACUUACCUUGCCGACGGUGGACAAGUAAUCACCGAUCACUAUCCCGCUAUUGAAGCUAUCUUAAACGAUGAGCAAGUAGAUCAUUAUCGUGAGCUUACAAAUACUGUACGAGCACAGCGUGACAAAGAACCUGAUGUAGAAGCAGAAACCCUAGUACCUGUAGAGCAAACAAUGCCAAACGAUUCAUUCAGUGGCAAACACCCUGCCGAUACUUUGGCUAGAAACGAUUUUGUUCGUAUAUCGCACCCAAAUGCAAUUUUACUUGUAGAUACAGGCGAAACAAUUGGCAAAUCCAAGAGCAGUCUCGUUCGGACACUCCAACAAUUAGCAGAGCACUGCAUUGAGCAUGAAGUUCGCCGGUUGAGUGUAGGCGAUUUUGCGUGGAUAGUAAAAGACGAUUCCGGACGAGAAUUUCUACUGCCGUAUAUAUUAGAGCGUAAGCGCAUCGAUGAUCUUGCGAGCAGCAUUAAGGAUGGAAGGUUUCAUGAACAAAAGUUUCGCUUGAAGCAGUGCGGUCUACCUAAUGUGAUCUAUUUGAUAGAACAUUUAGGAAACAAUCGGCAGGUCGGUGUGCCAGAAGCAACGCUUACGCAAGCGGCCCUUAAUACUUACGUCCAGGGGUUUACAGUAAAGUACACCGAAAACAACCAUCAUUCCGUAUUGUAUCUUUCGGUGAUGACGAAUUUUCUGAACAAUUCACUCAAAAAUAAACUAUAUAUAGAUAUUACUCAUCGCGUCUCUCCGGACAAUCUUCCUGUUUUUGAGUUUUCCAGCACAACGAUUCCUCUACUUUUGUUUGAUUACUUUUACAAACAAUCGUCGAAAACACGCGAUUGCACUGUUCGGGAUAUCUUCAUGAAGCAAUUGCUGCAGAUCAAGUUGCUAACGAUCGAGAAGGUGAACACGAUCGUGGAAAAGUAUCCUACCCCGCAGUGUCUGUUCCGUGCUUACGAACAGUGUAACAGUGAAACAGAACGACACCGAAUGCUAAACCUGCCUUACGGACCGAUGAAGCGAAUGAUAGGAGAAAAGCUUAGCAAAAUCGUUUACAACACGUUGAUGUGCGAGCGGUACACUUCUUAGGGUAUUUGUAACCAGGAGCAGAGACCUUGAAUGAAUCGCUGAAUUACAAUUUUAACAACGUUGACCUUUCAUUAGAAGCGGUGCUACUCAAACAAAGUUUGUUACAUUUAAUCAUUCCGUUGUAGUAACAGAGCAGCACGAACUAUUUACAAUCAUAAUCUCCCAAUUCUUAAUUGAUGGUGAAAAGUCCUUUGAACAGGAGAUGUUUGUUGUAUUAACAAACGAACAGAACAAAA